UCGAAAUUCGAAGUAUACCAGUAUACGCUACAGCUCAGCUUUGUGUUACUGUUGCACCGUGAUAUUUAUGUAGCUUUUAUUUACUCUUUGACUCGUUGAAUACUUAUAUGUACAGUUUUUUUUUAUUUUGACUCAAAAUUGUGAUAAGAAUGAGUGGUAUAACAGAAGAAAAUGUUGAAAAUUUCAAAACAGAGCACGAAAGCGAUGAACAUUGGGAACUGCGGCGAAAAUUUCUCUUGGCUCAUAAAGACAAAUUUAAACAGGAAGAAUUGAUAUGUUUGGCUCAAGUUUUUACAAACGUAGAAUUUCUUGGAUGUAGGUAUCCUCAAGAAACAAUGCGUACCGUGGCUGAAUUAUCGAAGGAUGUUGUACAAGAUUACAGAGAAAAGCAAAAAACAAGAUUGCAAAGAACCUUUGUUGGAGCUUCUGAUGCUGCUAGCUCAAAGGCCAAAGGACGAUUCAAACAAGAAUCACAAAGUACAGUCAUUGCUGGAAGCUCAACAGAAAAUAAUGGUCCUAAAUCUGUGUAUACUAAUUUUAAAAGAAAAAGUGAUACAGAUAUAGAAGCAAUAUCUUCAGAGUCUCAAAUAAAAAAGAGAUAUACUUUCAAACCACUCACAGCAGAUGACAUCGUUUUGUACCAAUAUGAAAAUGAAAAAGCUCCAACUAUGAUUGCAAGAUUAGCUCAAACCAAUAAUGUAGUUAUGGAAUGGAAGUAUGAUAAUAUUGAAGAUAAGUGUAGAUGUACAUUAUUGUUUAAUAAAGGUAAAGUAGCAGAAGGUGUAGGUUUAACUCAAAAAGAUGCUAAAGUUGAAGCAUGUGAUGCAGCUCUUAAAGAAAUGCAGAAAAGAUAUUAUACCAUUAAAGUUACAAAAAACUUGACCCCGACUGUCAACUUGGAAGAAAAAUCUGAACCAGCUUCAGAUUACAUCAAUUCCGAUAAUAUUGGUUCUAAAAUGAUGAAAAUGAUGGGUUGGUCAGGUGGCGGUUUGGGUAAAAAAUCUCAAGGAAUGGUUGAGCCAGUUAGUAGCACUUUACAACAACAAGUGACCAGAGAAGGUCUUGGUUUAAAGGUUGGAACAUACAAUAUUGGAGCAUUUAGAAAAAAAUGCUCAGAAGUUCUACGAAAUUAUGUGAAAAAUCAGAUAACAACUGACAUGGUUUUCUCACCAUGUUUUACAAAUGAAGAAAGGCACGUUAUUCAUCUAGUAGCUAAACAAAUGGGGUUGAAAUCUCAAAGUUAUGGACCAAAGACAUCAAGAAUCUUAACUAUAUCCAGAAAAAUUUUGCCUCAUGAAUUAGUCAAUCAACUUCUAGAAUCGGGUGGUUCAACUGAAAAGUAUGAAUUAAUAAAACCUACUGAGCUUCAAUCUUUGUAAUGACUACUUAGUAAAAAUUUUUAAAUUAUUGUAAUAUUCAUUCACUUGAUAUUAUACAUAAAAAUAUUUUUAUUUAUACAUAGGUAUGAAAUUGUACAGUAACUUUGUAAAUAAAAUAAAGAAUAUCUACAGAAUCCUCAA